CCCCGCACCGAUCCGGCACGCUCCCAGCACCGCUCUAGCACGGCCCAGCACCCUCUCGCACCGAUCCGGCACGGCUCCAGCACCCUCCCGCACCGCUCCCAAUCCUCUCCCCGCACCGCUCCAGCAUUGCUCCCUCACGGCUUCCCGCACUCUCCUGCACCGCUCGGCAUCACUCUCCCUGCAUGGCUCCCCGCACUGACCCAGCACCGCUCCUGCACCUCUCCCCGCACGGCUCCAGCACUGCUCCCCACACUUCUCCCCACACCGUUCCCUGUCCCGCACCCUCCCGCACCACUCUCCCCGCGCGGCUCCGUGCAAAGCUACGUGCACGGCUCCCUGCACCGUUCCCCGCAUCACUCCUGCACUGUUCGCUGCAUCGCUCCCACACCACUCCUGCAAAGUUCCCUGCACCCUCCUGCAUGGCUCCCCGCACCUCUCCCCACACUGCACCGGCACCACUCCCCGCACCCUCCUGCACUGCUCCCCGCGCCCUCCCACACCGCUCUCCCUAUACCGCUCCCAUAUGGCUUCCUGCACCAUUCCUGCACCCUCCUGAAUCCUCCUGCACCACUCUCCCCACAUCACUCCCGCACGGCUCCUGCACCUCUCCCCGCACGCCCGGCUUGAUUGUGGUGCUUUCGGCAGGGCCAGAGCACCCGACGCGGGGUCUCUGUGGUUGCACAUCCAGUCUCUGGCUGCAGGCACUUCUCCUGGUCGAGUGCUUCCUCCCGCUUUCCUUCUCGAAAAAGAGGAGGCUUUGCCUCAUCCUCUCGGGGAUGGAGAUUUCUUCCCACCAGUUCCACCUCUUGCAGCAGCUGAAUGAGCAGCGCAGGCAGGACCUGUUCUGCGACUGCAGCAUCCUGGUGGAGGACAAGGUCUUCAAGGCGCAUCGCAAUGUGCUCUUCGCCAGCAGCGGCUACUUCAAAAUGCUGCUGUCGCAGAGCUCCAAGGAGGCGACCCAGCCCACCACCGCCACUUUCCAGGCGUUCUCUCCAGACACGUUUACAGUUAUUCUCGACUUUGUGUAUUCGGGGAAGCUGUCCCUCACUGGGCAGAAUGUGAUCGAGGUCAUGUCGGCUGCCAGCUACCUGCAGAUGACCGAUGUUAUCAGCGUCUGUAAAACCUUCAUCAAGUCCUCGCUGGACAUCAGUGAGAAGGAGAAGGAUCGCUAUUUCAGCCUGUCGGACAAAGACGCUGGCUCAAACGGCGUGGAGCGGCCCUGCGUGUACAGUGCUGGCUGGAGGGCAGAGAGCAGCCCCCCACACGCGCACGUAAGCCCGGACCCAGGGACGUGUAUGAUGGGUGGAAACUCUUGGAGCAAUUUCAGCUACUAUCCGCCAUCUCAAAGGAGUGCCCAGCAGCAGCUGCCCAAACAUGAGCAGAGGCAGGAUUCCAUAAAGAAAUCCCGGCACCUGGGGCUGCAGCAGCCUUCUGACGUUCCUCACUAUAAGUCCAGUAAGCUGGAGGACAGGGCUGCCGAGCCCGCUGGGCAUGUAGCUCCAGCCGAGGAGCAAGUUCCCAUCGAAGCAGAAGUUGAAUCUCCUCAUGUGGGAUACCAGUACGGGCAGGGUGCUGACGUGAUGCCGAGGAGCUUGGCUGUGUCACAGCAGGAACACGAGUCGCCCCGCUCCUCCAGUAAGUCGAAGGCCUCGAAGGGAGACGAACAGUAUGGGAACAUGCCCACCAUCCUGGGCGUCAUGGGAAGCUGGGCUGAAGAUGAUCUGUCCAGGAUGAGGUUCAAGUGCCCAUUCUGCACUCACGUGGUGAAAAGAAAAGCGGACCUAAAGCGUCACCUUCGCUGUCACACUGGCGAGCGCCCGUACCCAUGUGAGGCGUGUGGCAAGAGGUUUAGCAGGCUGGAUCACCUCAGUAGCCAUUUCCGAACAAUUCACCAGGCUUGCAAGCCCAUCUGCAGGAAGUGUAAGCGCCACGUGACGGAGCUGACGGGCCAAGUGGUCCAGGAAGGGACGAGGAGGUACAGACUGUGUAAUGAGUGUCUGGCGGAAGCUGGCAUAGACAGUAUUCGCAUUGACUUGGAGGCUGAAGCACCCCUGGAAUUCCCACAGGAUGGGGAGAAGGAUUCUCGGUGGCACUACGGGGAAGACAACAAAUCUGAUGUGGAGAUUGUGGAGGAUGGGUCGACCGACUUGGUCAUCCAGCAGGUUGAUGACAGUGAGGAUGAAGCAGACGAAAAGGAUGUAAAGCCCAAUAUUAGGUAGUUGCAAGAUGAGAAUUGGGAAUCCCAUGUCAGAGGGAGAAUGUACUGUCCUGACCGUAAGCCCUCCACCAGCCGUUGUUACCGUACAGACACACCGAUUUCUCUUGAACAGGUUGACUUGCAUGUGUUCAUGAAGAAGCCACUGGGUCCACUCGAGUUUUGUUAUCAGGAUGCCCACACUUUGCUUCAUUAGAAAUAAUCCAUCCUUAAAGGAAAUAAUGGAAGAACAAGGAAACUCAAGUACCACAUGGAUAGCAGACAAUGGACCACUUCUCAAAACCACUGUCAAGGGAGUGAGGUCUGAAUACUUAAAAAACAAGUCACACAACACUGUAUAUUGCCUGCUUUUUAACCUUGUAGAGAUGUGGGCUUUGUUUAUUGCCAGGUGAUACCACAUACCAAGUAUAAAUACCCCACACACCAGAGAGGAGGGAAAACCUCUCUUCAGCAUUCAGAAAUGAAGAUCAUCUUCCAUGAAGUGUCAUGAACUCUUCAUUGUAUGAUAAGGAAAAAAGGCAGCUAAUUAAGAAAAAGCAUCUAAAAAUGUUUUAGCACAUUUGUCUGGAAAAGCACUUCCUUGUCAGAUUUAUUAGAAUAAGGAGAGUCUUUACCAGAUUGUUCACUUGAGACAAGCUUCUAUACAAGAAAAUGAACACAGAGAUGCUACUACUAGUCAACCCACCAGAGACAGAGUGAUAACAAGUCCGGAUCAUUAACUGAUGCCAGUAGAUGUUGUAUUCCUUCUGAAAACUGGGAACUCAGACUGGGCUAUGUUUUAAUAUGCACCAGUAAAAUACUCUUUUGGUUUUUAAACCUCUUGGAAGUGCCCGGCUGAGGUGACUGGUAGCCCUGCACCCACGGGAUUGCUAGCGGCGGCGGCCGCUCUGUGCCAUGUGAAGGAAACGAACCUUACAAGGUCACUUUUGGUGUUGUUAUCCCUUUAUCCCCUGUUCUGUUUGCUAGCAGCACUGGCAGAGCAAGGCAUACAGUCUAGAAUCCAUAUCAUUAGCAGUGGGACUGAUGGGAUCUUGCAUCUGAAAUCAGUGACUGCUCCUGUUUGUAUUGACCUGCACUGAGUUCAUCCUGGUGAGUUUUAUAAUGGAGUCGUUAUCAAUUCACAUAUUCUCAAAGUCAUUCCAACACCCAGAGAACAUCCUUUAACCUUUUUCAGUCUGUUGUACACCAGUGAGAAGACGAUGUGCUGGGAGCCCUAGGCCUCGUGUUUGUCACUUCACUCACAGUCAGACUACGUCACCAGCACCGCAUGUGGGUGAGGGCAGAGCGCGUUCCUGGGGUGUGUGUGCGCCACGUUUCCUUGGACAGACCUGGGUAUUCCUGUGGUCACUGAACUCCAUGGGUUUGGGCUUGAGCUUAGAAAACUCUUUUUUUUGUCUUUUUUUUACCCCUUGGUAAGCAUGUGUGGCUGAGACCCGGGGUUACCACAGAGCAACCCCAUAUAUACGCAAUGUAAUCUCUUCUCCAAGAGAUACUUUUUAUGUUUAUCUGUGUAAAACCUGUAUAUCUGUGUCCUCAUUCCCAGAGAGAGCAGCAUUUUCAUGCCAGGUUUCUUGUGGCAGCUCAGGUGCGUCCUGCCCUGUUCACAGUGUGAGCACUGAGCACCCUUCCCUGCGGCCAUGCCGGGCUGUCACAGCCCACUUGUGUGUUCCAAGGAGAUGCAAAGUGUUUUAUUGCUCCUACAAUAACUGUCAUCCAUUGGCUUCGACUUGGGAAGGGAAUGGAAGGAGAGGACUCAAAAAACUUUCUGCUGGCCCACAGGAAAACAUCUUUUCCAGUGAAGACUUGCACUUGCCUUGAUUUUCUGUUACAUCUUGGCCAGCAGUCCUCCGAACGGACCUGAUGUGGGAACAGCCAGUGGAUUCCUUGGAGCUCAUUACUCUGAAAAUGCCUAUUAUUAAAUGGCUAAGAAAUAUUCCCAAGAAACCUUAACUGAAUCAAAUACAGAACAAAGAAAUAUAAAAAGGAAUAUGGAAUGACUUUGAUCCCAUUUCAAGAGAAAAUGCUUACUGCAAUCAAAUUGAAUAGUUUUCCGUUUCCCUUUGCAUUAAACAGUAUGCUCAUUAAAGUCUGGGUUUUGGUGCCUGCUGUCCUGGAAUGUUGAGUGCUGGGAUCAGUCUGUGUGUGUGUUUGGGGGUGGAUUAAGGUGAGAGGACAAUAAAUUGUCACUCCAGGCCUGCAAUCUCCACUUCCAGCUGUGCAGGUGAGACUGCUCUGUGCUUCUGUGUACCCGGGGGGUGUUCUUGGAAGCAAAGGGAUUUGGAGAUCGAUACUCAUUCUCUUUAGAUGCUGUAAAUCUGAGAAUGCUGAGCACCAGAUGCUUCAGAAAAAGAUGUGAAGUGGCUUUAAUGGGCACGUGGAACCAUCUAUCCAUGUGAGGACACUUACUUGUUAAACACGGGCAGAUUAACUGUUGAUCUGCCUGGCAGACAAGGGGGUUUACUGGUUUUACACGUUAUUAUUCUCAGUAGCGUAAGUAGGUAUCUGUAGUCAUUUUUAAAGUAUCUUGUUAAACUUGGAGUUUCAGCUCAAAACUGCAAUUCUCAGAGGCCGAUUCUGGUUUGUAUUUUAAAAACGUUACCAUUUUACAUUUGUUGCCUUAAUUUCUGUUGUUGCUUCCUUAUUUUUGUAUUGCAAGACAAGAUAAAUGUUAAGUGCCUUCUAUUUUCUACGUCCUUCAUUUUACAUCGCCAGUCAUAUAUUUUGCUUAUUUUUCUGUAAAUGGAAGCAAUCCUCUGUUUCCUUCCCAUCUCCCGGCAUUGCCUCUGGUGACUCUUGUCUCCAUAGUUCUGUUAGGAUCACACUCCUCAUCAGCAGAAAUAACUCUUACUUUCUUUUCAAGGAGGAAAGUAAAGAGCACACAGGGUUAUUCCCACAGGAUUUAAUAACUGCUGUGAAUGUGUUGCUUCCAGAAUGGUGCCAGGUCACAAGCAGAACCCCUGGUUCUUUCAACACCAGAGCAGGCUGUACAGAACUGGGGUGACUUCUGAUAAGAGCAAUCCAUCCAUCUUCUGUUUCUGUCCUGCCUCUGUGCAUCCAGUUGCAGUCUGAGAGGUUUAACUCGUAGUGCGGUGUUGGGAUGGGCUGUUCGGAAAGCAGCUUUGGAGAUGGCCGUCCUUGAAGGUGUUCAAGGCUUGGACAGACAAAGCUGUGGCUGAUCUGAUCUGGGUCCCAGCUGCCUUCCUGUGGCAGCUGGGACUGGAGACAUUCACAGCUCCCCUGUGACCAACAGUUCCAUCAUUCCUCUCAAAUUGGUGUUUGCUUUUUUAUUUGUUUUAUUUUUUCCUGGUACUUUGUUUGUGUUGCUCUGGAUGCUCUUAAAUAUUUAUUAAUGCAUGCCUUAAUGAUUCCCUGGUUUUCAGUGCCCCAUUCUAUUGCCGUUUGCUUUUCCAUUCCCCAUUUCAUCCAACUAAGGAGGGAUGGCUCACUCCUCUGUCUCUCCCUUGUCCCUUGUCACUGCCUCCCUUUGCUUGGGUUUACCAUUGUGUUCACAAAACCACAGUCAGGUGAAGACAUGGAUUCGUGGCCCUCUGUUUAGUCUUUCACCUCUUGCUGUCCUUUCAUAGGUUGAAACACUGAAUUAAAGACCAUUCCUCUUCAGCCCCUUUCAGGUAUUUCUUACUGAAUUCUGCCUGCCACAUAACCCUCACUUCUUGACUUUUCCAGAACAUCUCAGGAAGUCAGAAAUCAAUUAGAAGGCCACUGUUAGUUGGAAUGCAACAUGUAACGAGACUGAAAUAGAAGGAAAUUUAUCUCAUUCUAGCCAAAAGGUUGAAUUUUGAAGAAAAGUAUCUUAUCCAGUCCUUGCGUCCAGACUUUCAGUGUACUUUUCCUGUUAGGUAUAAAUCUGAACCACCAGUCUGUGUGUCUGCUCAGUGACGGGUAUAAUUCGAUAAGCGACUAAGAAAAGCCGAUAAUAGCAUUUAGUUAAGAAAUAUUUGCAAUGUUAUUUAACUUAAAAAACCUCCCGCACUGCAGUUAGCAUAACCUUUCAUCAUAUUAACUCUUGAAAUGCAAAGAGAGGCAUCUUAUGUGAAACAUCAAGAAUUUGAAACAUAAUAGCGACACAGAACAAAAAAAUCUGGUAAGGAAAAUCGUGGAGGAGUGGAAGGAAAAAGAUUUCUGUCUCUUGGUUUCGCUGUGGGACUGAAUUAAAUGCAUCGACCCAAAACUUUUUACUGUGAAAAUGGGGACCUAUUUCCUUCUGCUGGAUGGAGCCUUGCUUUGAGGAGAGGACUGGCCCCAAUGAGCUGCAGAGGCUCCUUCUCGAUAUCUGUCCGUGAUGGCGAUAAACAGAUUGGAAGCGUCUCACCUUCCAAUGGGCACAAGGCUGGAAGUGUCUAACACCCCAGCAGCCACUCUGAUUACUUUCUCCCCCACAGGAGGGGCAGAAAAGACAACUUGUUGUAUUGCCUUCCUCUCAAGUCAUAGAAUAGUUUGGGUUUGAAGGGACCUUAAAGCCCAUCCAGUUCCGACCCACCUGCCAUGGGCAGGGACACCUCCCACUGGAUCAGGCUGCCCAUCCAACCUGGCCUUGAACACCUCCAGGGAUGGGGCAGCCACAGCUUCCCUGGGCAACCUGGACCAGUGUCUGGACCAGAAUAAGAAAUUCUCCUUAUGUCCAGUCUAAAUCUGCCCCUCUCCAGUUUAUACCCAUUGCCCCUCGUCCUGUCACCACAAGCCUUUGUGAACAGCCCCUCUCCAGCUUUCCUGUAGCCCCUUCAGGUGCUGGAAGGUCGCUAAAAGGUCUCCUUGGAGCCUUCUCUUCUCCAGGCUGAACAACCCCAACUCUCAGCCUGUCCUUGUAUGGGAGGUUCUCCAGCCCUCGGAUCAUCCUUGUAGCCUCCUCUGGACCCGUCCCAACAGCUCCAUCUCCUUCUUAUGCUGAGGAUUCCAGAAGCGGACACAACACUACAGAUGAUGUCUCACAAGAGAGGAACAGAGGGGCAGAAUCCCCUCUCUCCCUGCUGCCCACGCCGCUCUGGAUGCACCCCAGGAUUAUUUCUUUCGAACACAGGACUGUCCUGGUGCAGAAACGCUGCUGUAUCGAGUCGGGUGCCGUUUCCUACGGCACACGGAGCCCUCCCCGCCCCGGCGGGAUGCCCGCCCGGCGGUAACAAUAGCCGCGCGCUGCCGGCGGGCGACGGGGCGUGGGAACGGGCGAGCAGGCGCGGCAGCCGCGGGUGCGUUGCCCCUUUAACUGUGUCCCCAGCCCUCGGGCGUCU